AUGGGAAAUACUACCAGUAGCGCACUAUCAAAGCAGAUCCUGGAGGACCUCCAGCUCAACACCAAAUUCACUCAAACUGAGAUCUCCCAGUGGUACGAGAACUUUCAGAAGCAGUGCCCCACGGGACGCAUUACACCAGAAGAGUUUGAGCAGAUCUACACCCGCUUCUUCCCUGACAGCGAUGCCAAGAGCUACGCACGACAUGUGUUUCGCUCCUUUGACACCAACGAUGAUGGCACUUUGGACUUCAAGGAGUACAUCAUCGCACUUCACAUGACUUCCACUGGGAGAACGACACAGAAACUAGAGUGGGCCUUCUCACUGUUUGAUGUGGACAAGAACGGAUACAUCACCAAGACGGAGGUGACGGAGAUCUGCCAGGCCAUAUUUAAGCUGAUCCCCAAGGAGGAGCAGUGCAAGCUACCAGAGGAUGAGAACACACCAGAGAAAAGAGCCAACAAGCUGUGGUCGUACUUCGAAAAGAAAGACAACGAGCGACUGGCCGAAGGAGAGUUCAUUCAAGGAGUGAUUGAAAAUGAUAAUGCCAUGCGUCUUAUCCACUAUGAACCAAUUAAACAAUAA